ACCAUUACCCAAAAAUAUUCCUCCACAGAAGCCUGCAAUUAUGAGCUCUCCUCUUAUUCAUGAAAUCAAAAGGCAAGCUUCUCACUUCUUCAAAGAGAAGAUUAAAAGUGCUAGGCUUGUUCUCACAGAUGUUACACCUAUAGAAUUAAUGACAGAAGAAGCCACAAAUGGAAAUCCAUGGCCACCAGAUACACGUAUCAUGCAAGUGAUUUCACGUGCAGCUUUUGAAGUUGAUGAAUACUAUAGAGUUGUGGAGAUUUUACAUAGCAGAUUGUUGAAAUUUAAUAAAGGCCAUUGGAGAGCCUCAUACAAGGCUCUAAUAUUACUGGAACAUCUUCUAACUCAUGGACCUCUGAGGUUAUUUGAGGAAUUUCAAUGUGAUAUAGAUGUUAUUGAAGAGAUUGGAGAGUUUCAAUACAUUGAUGAAAAAGGGUUCAACUGGGGUUUGAGUGUGAGAAAAUUAUCAGAGAGGAUACUGAAGCUCUUAAGAAGCAAGGAAUUCUACAAAGAAGAAAGAGCAAGAGCGCGCGAGCUUUCUCAUGGGAUCCAAGGUUUUGGAAGUUUUAACAGAAGAAGCUCUGUGAUCAACGAAGGGAUGAAUGACUUGAAUUCAAAGAUUUAUUAUGGGAGGUGUAAUUCUAACUAUGAUCAUCACCAACAUGAAGAAUAUGGUUUUGCAAGCUUUGGAAGGGAACAGAAUGCUUUGGAUGGAAACAAAAGAGAUAACCAAGUUCAUGAAAACAAGGAAACAAAGCUCUUAGAAGAUAACAUGAAAGAACACCCUUUUAUUAUGGAUCAAGAGAAACUAACUUCAGCAUCCUUGCUUUCUAUUGUACAAUAAUAUAAUGCUAGUUGUAAUUUGAUUUUGUAGCCCUUGACAUGAUUGUAAAUAGUUAUGGUUUUAAUGGAAUGUUUCUACCAAUGCAUAGGGA